AUGUCCUCUGUCUUGUUACAGGACAAAUUGCUCAAUAAACUGGAGGAGAAUGAGCCCGAACUGGCCACUUCGCCCGAGGAAGAGUGUGUAAUAUGCGUGAACGCCAAGGCCACGAUGCAGACUUCGCCGUGCGGGCACCGCGUGGUCUGCCGGCGGUGCUUCGUGAAGACCAUCCAGAUGGCUGUGAGCCAACGACUGCUGCCGCUGCGCUGCGUGAUCUGCCGCGCCAAGAUCCUACGGCUGCGACAGGCGCCGCGGCUGGUCACCAGCAAGAGUUGGCAGGUGUCGAGCGGCAGUGGCAAGUCGUGGGGCGUCCCGGGUUCAGUGUCCAGCUACUCCGUGGGCGCUCGCUCCGUGCCCGCGUCCGCCUCUCUCUACUCCGUCACCAGCGGCGAAUCGUCCCUCUCAGGAGUGUCUUCCGUAUCGUCGAACAGCGGCGGUAACGUAAUCAACGGGUGCUCGACUAAGUUGUGUGGGGGCGCAAAGUGUGGGGGCGCGUGCUUGGGGGCGGUACCGCGGCCCCCCUCCUCCUCGGCGCCCCCUAGAGCUCGCCAGCCCGCCUCCAACUCGCUGCGACGGUCGCAGCAUCAUAGUAUGAAGGCUAGGCUACAAGAGUACCAAGUGCACAGCUACACAGGAGGGCCAACAACAGGGGAGACGUCGGGCCGCCUACCGCCUAUCAGGGAGUUCCAGAGGGAAUUCCGGGAAGGCAGGCGGGAGAGCGCCGCCGCUGCCUCAGCCUCUACUAGGAUAAGGUGCGCCCAGAAAAUAGUUACGCAAUUAGAAACUUCACCGCAAAAGAACAAACACUUUUUCCGGCCUCUAAAACCUUCAAACAAGGACGAAUCUCCUAAAUCCAGAGAUCAAAGCAAUGAGACUGAAAGGAAAAAAGAUAACCCCAAAACUAAACCCAAGAAAGAGGAUAAGAAAAAGAAAGAUGAUGAAAACACGAAACAGGAAGACAAAAGCAAAAAGGAUGAAAGUAGCGAUAACAAAAAGAACGAAUUGGCUGAAAAAAAGAAAGAGGAAAAGUUAAGACUCAAAGCUGAAAAAGAAGCCAAGAAAGAAGCUAAAAUUCAAGCUAAGGAAGAAGAGAGACAAGCCAAACUUUUAGCAAAGGAAGAGGAACGGCAAGCCAAACUACUAGCUAAAGAAGAGAAGAAAAAGGCUAAGAAAGAGGCAAAGCUGGCCGCGCAGGCUGAAAAGGAUAAAAAUAACCAUGAUGAAGAAGAAGAAGAUCAAAAAGAAGAACAACAAGAAGAAAUAAUACAAGAUUAUGAAUCGGACGAACAUAGUUUUCUACUGUUUUUUAAUUUCCAUCGCUUUUAUCAAUUCCAACCCUUGCUAAUAUUUGUCAUUAUGCAAUAG